CUGUGGACCGGUCGAGAACUCCGACUUCCAUCCGACCUUCGCUUUCCCCUUCCCGCCUCCGACCACAUCACACUCCAUCCUUAUGCUAGCCAACUUCGAGAGACUAUCCGUGACACCCACAAUAUAGAACGUCGCACACUCGGUACUGCCGCCCAACGCCAAAAGGAGUUCUUUGACCGACGUCUCUCCGGCACCCCGUUCCAAGUCGGCGACCCGGUUAUGUACCGCCGCUGCUCCUGCUCUCCUGGCACCCCCACUAAGUUUCAAUAUUCAUGGGUCGGCCCCUUCACGGUGAUAGCCAUCAAAUCCCCUACCACACUCCUCCUCUGUGAGACUGACCACCCCUCCCGCCCUCCAUUCACUGCCCAUUUUGACGAGCUUAAGCGAUACCACGGACCACUUCCCCCAUGUCCCCCAGGUACCCCUGAUCAACUAACCAUAGUUCCAGCCGACCAGGUCCCCCCAGUAGCCCUAGAAGUUACUGUAGCUUCCCCCAUAGUCGACACCAGCACUGAGGACAGUGCUACCCCUUAG